AUGGCCUUGGUCCUGCAGCUGCUGCCUCUGUUGCUCUCCAAGGUCCAAGGGAAUCCCGAGGUUUCUCUGGAGGGCAACCCUGGGGACCGGGUGAAUCUCUCCUGCAUAGGGGUCUCCGAGCCCACCCGCUGGGCUUGGGCGCCUAGUUUCCCAGCAUGCAAAGGCCUGUCCAAAGGGCGCCGCCCGAUCCUCUGGGCCUCUUCGAGCGGAACCCCCACUGUGCUCCAGCACUUCUCUGGCCGCCUGCGUUCCCUCGACACUGGUAUCAAGCGGCUAGAGCUGCUACUGAGCGCCGGGGAUUCUGGUACUUUUUUCUGCAAAGGACGCCAAGAGAACGAGAGCCGCACAGUGAUUCAAGUGUUAGGGGACAAGGCAGGUUGCCGGCCUUCGGGAUCUACCCACGGGUCCGAGUAUUCCAAAGUCUUGAUCCCGUUGCUGGGCUUUGGGCUUGUGCUGGGACUGGGAGCCUCCGGCUUGGUCUGGUGGCGGCGCAGACGCUCGCCCCCGCCCCCGCCCCCGCCCCCGCCUGGACCACUACCCACAAUUGCUCCAGUCAUAAAUGCUGAGCCACAGCGGCCUUUAGAACAGGAGUCCAAGAUCUCAGGCCACCUGGACCAGGAGCCGAACCUCCACUAUGCUGAUCUGGACCACUCUGUACUCAGGAGGCACCGCCGGAUGUCUGCUUUGGUUCCUGGUGAUGCUUCCACCGUCUAUGCGGUUGUAGUCUAAAGGGAAGCCCUUGUUCUCCCAACCCUUCCAAUCUGGGGCUUCCCUGUAUAGCCUCAGCUAGAAGGGGAAGGCACCAUGGACAGAGGAUCUAUCUAGGAGCCUGGCUCCCUGGGAUGCGUUCUGCCACUGCUCAGUUUCCAGCCACUUCUGUCCCCUCUAUAACAUCUUUUCUUCCCUUCCGUUUCCUAUCAUACCCCACCUCCUCACCCCGACUCUGGUUUUCGAGACUGGGU